ACUGCACGUUGGUCUUUUUCAGUUGUGAUUUGAGACGAUUUGUCGAUUUGAGGUUUCUACUUUCUAGGAAUGGAAAGGACAGUGGUCAGCGAAACUUUGUAUUAAUGAUAAUGAUAAUAUUUUAUUGUUAGCGGUAAAUCCACAGAUUAUAUGGUGACAUACUAUGGUGUAUACUUCCAAAUAAAAUGUGAUCAUACCUCUUACGAAGAAAAGACUAUAGGAGUGUGAAUAGUGAGAUGUUUGAAAACAUUAUCAGACUCAUUGAUAUUUUGUUUCACACUAUACGAUUCAUUGACAAGUUUAGGCCAAACUCAUCAUUAUAUAUUGAUCGGAGCAUUUGUUUUACUAGAAAGUGUCUUCAGACAAAAAUACAAAAAAAUUUUUUUAAGUUGAGCAGUGGGUAUAGCUUUGCUGUACAUUAGCGGGUGUCGUGUGCCCACGUGGGUCACUGAAUCCCGGAAUAAAAAUCCCCGGAAAAAAAAUCCCCAGAAAUAAAAUCCCCGUUAAAAAAUCCCCGGUAAAUAAAAUCCCCAGAAAAAAAAUCCCCGGAAAAAAAAUCCCCAAAGCAACUAUUUAAAAGCGGAAUGACUAUAAUACUACCAAUAUAUAACUUGACUAACUCACUGGACACUCUCUGAUAAACGUUGAGCCUGAACAAUGAUAGAUCGAGGCUUGCAAUUUACACGGUACAUUCGUACUACAAAUUUAGUGUGCAAUAAGAAAGCAUUUUACAGAUAAAAAAGGUUCGCGGGCCGCUAGUUGGGUGGGCCUUGGCAUAGAGCAAUAAAAUUUGAAAUUGGGAAAAUACAAGUCAAAAUAACUCAAAAUACGUAAUAUUUGGUAUCUAUACGUUAUUAUAACGGUUACGGUUAGUACAUCUUCAGUUCCUAUUAAGUAACUUUGAUUUGUGUGACUGUGCGAGGCCGUAAUUGUCCGGCUAUGGAAAUCAAUGCGACUAUGGAAAUUGUUAAAUCUAACCAAGGGAACUAUAAAAUUUGCUUAAAUGGUUAUACUUAUGUACACCAAAAAGACUGUAAGUUUUUCAAGAGAUGGAGGUGUGCAAAAUAUAGUUCAUUUAAAUGUUUAGCCAUUUUAAAAACAUCGCUUCAAAAUAGUAAUCCAAGGGAGAUCCAUGAACACAAUCAUUCUGCCGAUAAAAAUGCUAUAGCUGCCAUAAAAGUUAAACAAGAAAUAAAAAAUAAAGCUUUAUCCUCAAAUGAUACACCCGGCCAAAUAUUUUCGGAGGUAAUCGGGAAUCUGGAUGUCGAUGUUUUAGCUGAGUUACCCAAGGAAGAAUAUUUAAAACGUAGUAUUAGAUAUCAUCGAAGUUUUCAUAAUCCGAACGAACCUCAAAAUAUCAAAGAAAUUGUUAUUGAUGGUGAAUGGGCAUUAUUGGGUAAUAAUAGACUAUUAUUGAGGGAUAAUGGUCCAGAGGCAUCUGAAAGGAUAAUUAUAUUUGCAACAGAUGAACACUUGCAACUGCUUUCAGAAUCAGAUACUUGGUAUUUAGACGGGAAUUUCGGACUGUCUCCAAAGUUUUUCCUACAGUUAUAUGUAAUACGGGUAAAAAAAAAUAAUGUAUUUGUAACUACGAUUUACUGUAUUUUACAAAGGAAAACUAAAAAUACAUACGUAGAAAUGUUUCAAAUUAUAAUGGAUGAAUGUGCUGAACGAAAUGUAUACCCUGACCCCAAAUGUUUACAUCUCGAUUUUGAAAGCGCAGUUAUUGAAGCAGCUAAAGAAGUAAUUGGUGUCCAUAUUGAUAUAAAAGGCUGCUUCUAUCACUUAUGUCAAUCGACGUUCAGGAAAAUACAAGAAUUGGGCUUUGCUUCGAAAUACCAUAAGGAUGAAGAGUUUCGAAAACAAUGUGGAAUGAUUGAUGCACUUGCAUUCCUUCCAUUGCACCUCGUAGAAGAUGGAAUGAAAUAUUUAAAAUAUAGUUUGCCUGAAAAUCUUAUGGAUUUAUUAGAUUAUUUUGAUUCGUAUUAUGUAAAUGGCAAGUAUCGAAGAAUUGGAAACGACGAAAAUAACAUGAGGUUUCGAAAACUGCCACCAAUGUUCCCACCAGCUGUGUGGAAUGUAAAUAAAACCACCCUCAAUGACUGCCACAGAACCAACAACAUCGUUGAAGGGUGGAAUAAUAGGUUUUCCAAACUAGUUGGUCAAAAACAUCCUACAAUGUGGAAACUUAUUAGGAAAAUUAAAAAUGAAAUUGACGCCGAUCGAGCACAGUUAGCAUUGGAUGCUUUAGGUGAACCAAGACGUACAAAAAGAGGACAAAAUCAAACAAUAAAUAUCCGCUUGAAAGAGUUAGUUAUAAGACAAAGUGAAGAUAAAUUAAGCAUUGGAGACUUUUUGACAGCUGUGUCUAACAAUAUAAGAAAACGAACCGACUGAACCGAAUCUGACUAUAAUUAUAUACAUUUAUUUUAUUAUUAAUUAACUAACUAAUAUUAUAUUAUUUUUUUUUUACUU